AUGAGUAAUAAAACCGAGCUUGGCUUCCAAUCAAAAUCAGCCGGUAUGUUCGUCAUCAUCAUGAAGCUAUUUACUCUAAUGUUGGCCGUAACUGGAGUCUGGAGCGCCGUCCUGCCCGAAAAUCAGCAGGUGGCAACUGCGGCCAGGACGACGGGGUCAGGUGACUUAGCCACCGCCGAGACUUCAGCCAAGUUGCUAAAUCUUUUUGGAACUGGCUCUGGUUAUCCCAACUAUGGCUACAACUACAAUCGCCCGAUAAACGGCUACUAUCCCGGCCAGAAUACGAAUUUCUAUGGAUCAUCGGGAUAUUAUCCCGGUUCGGGUUAUGGCUCUAAUACUUACUAUCCCAACCAGGCGAGCUAUGGAUAUGGAUCGUCGAAUUACUACCCAACGCAGGGAUAUAACUAUUAUUCGACCAGCAGUUAUCCCACCACAAAUAUUCUGGGAUCGCAAGGAGGCAGUGGAUAUAAUGGAUAUGGUGGAUAUGGCGGCUAUGGAGGUAAUGGAGGUUUGAGGCAAUAUUCAGGCUAUUGGCAGCGGGAUUAUCAGGGUCAGCGGAAUCGCGGCUAUGGCUACUACGAUGAUACAGAUCGUUUUGGUCUGCCUGCCUCCAGAGAUCGUGGCUACAGCUCGAGUUCCUAUCGUGGCUAUAACUAAGUAUCUGCUUUCUGUGUGCGUCUCUUGUUAUUGCAUUUUUGUUACCGCUUUUCCACCGCUUUAAACCCCUUGACUAAUAAAAAAAACACAAUGAUACCUCAACUGCUACUAAUUUAAUGUGUAAGUUGUCGCUUUAGCUUGGCGCGUAAUUAAUCUGCUUCUAGGUUACAUUUCCAUGAGGCUUGAGGCAUUCAAAUUACCUGCGGACACGCCCAAUUGCACACUCAAAUUUGCCCAUUUGUCAUUCGUUCAUAUUCAUGCGCUCAGAAAAAAAGCAACCAAAGCCUCUCAAAAUUAAUUGAAUUUUUUCAGCUUCAUACCAAAAGUUGACUAUACUUAUUUUUUGUGUUUUUGGCCUCAUCGCGUUGCCAACUUUUGUUUCA